AUGAGACCAAAGCCUUUGAUAUAUUAAUUUGAGACACUUCAAACUAAGCUAGAAUAUGCAUGUUUUUGUGUGACGAAAGACUCCUCUGAACUCCGUCAAAGUCUGAACCCUCAGUGACUGACAAUGGUGAAGAAAUACCAGAAGUCCAAAGCCUCUCAUGCCCGCAUAGCUCGGUGGACCGCUAACACCCACAUUUCACUGCCUUCUCGAGCUCCGAGUGUUGCUGAUGCAGCCGAAAAUGACGAUGAAUUUAUGGACUCCCAAUCUGACUGUGGCUACACUGGUGGUGUCAAUGUGGAGGUCUUAUCCAGUGAUUCAGAGAGCGAGUACGAGCCUAAUACAUCAGAGAGUGAGUGGUCGGAUGGUGAGAGCCUCUGUGAGCUUGAAGGAGAUGGGUUGGAGGAAAAUCUGGCUGCCCUCAAAGCCGAGGUUGAUGCGCUUCAGCAGCCUGCUGGUUUCAAGUUUGAGAAGAUCAUGGAGGAAAAGACUGCUACAGAGUGGAAGAAAGCUGAGCAGAUCAGGGCACUUGGAUACAACAGGCACUCGGAUAGGACGAAACGAAGGUACAACAAGAUCGCAAGAGAUCUUGCUGACUACCGAGAAAAAAGACGAACUUCGUGAGUGCCAGUGUAACUUUAGUAUAUCAGAAU